UUGGAAAUUUCCUUUGGGAGGGUUUAGAAACUCAGCCAGGCCCUCCCUGCCCCUGCCUCCCCACGCACCUCCUAACCCUGCAGCAGGAGCCCCUCCAUCCACACUGCAGCUUUUCUUGUGACCAGGGUAAAUAUUACCUGGCACUGUUAAUGUUUAAUGCCCCCACCUCGUCCCCGGCCACCCUGCGGAGGCAGCCAGACACUCUCCAAACAGCAGGGACAGCAGGAAGAGGGGAGUGGAGACAGCCCAUUCAGCUGAGGAAAUGACUGGCUUGUCGAUGGACGGUGGUGGUAGCCCCAAAGGGGAUGUGGACCCAUUCUACUAUGACUAUGAGACGGUCCGCAAUGGGGGCCUGAUCUUCGCCGGGCUGGCCUUCAUCGUGGGACUCCUCAUCCUCCUCAGCAGAAGAUUCCGCUGCGGGGCCAAUAAGAAGCGCAGGCAAAUCACUGAAGAUGGGCUGUAACAGCAGAUGAUUGCCAAGGGCCUGGCGUGCAGUGUGUGCCACAGGAGAUCACAGAGGAGCCCUGGAGAAAAGUGAGAUGGACAAGGAGGAAAUAAAACCCCAACCUCUGCUGCAACCCACCCAGCCCCAACCUGCCUUUGUCUUCUCAGCCUCGGCAGUGCCACCCACUGCACUGGGGCCAGCUGGGAAGCCAAGCCCUGCCUCUGGUACCUCCCCUUCUUUCCUGGGCUGUAGACCUUUGUCCCCGUCACUGCCAGCACUUGAGCAGAAGGAAGCUCCAGACUCAAUGUGACCCCCAGGUGGUAUCGCCACCUCCUGCCCCUUGCCACCUCAUGCUCAUAAUAAAGCUGGCAUCAGAGACCGCUGCUCCUCUC